AUGACCACAGAGAGUUUUGCAGAUUUCCUGAAUAAGCUCAAGGAAAUCCAUGAGAAAGAGGUCCAAGGUCUGCAAAGCAAGCUGAAUGAGAGGACGACGGAGAAGUGCCGUGAUGCUCAGAGAAUUGAAGAGUUGUUUGCUAAAAAUCACCAGCUAAGGGAACAACAGAAGGUCCUUAAAGAAAAUGUAAAGGUGUUAGAAAACAGGCUGCGAGCAGGUCUCUGUGACAGAUGCAUGGUCACCCAGGAGCUGGCGAAAAAGAAGCAGAAUGAGUAUGAGACGUCCCAUUUCCAGAGCCUGCAGCACAUCUUCAUCCUUGCUAAUGAGACGAACCGCCUGAGGGAAGAGAACAAAACUCUCAAGGAAGAAUUGAAGAGGCUCCGAAGCCUGGAAGACAGGACAAAGCACCCAGGAGUCACGUCCAAAGAAAGCAGCUCCACCCCAAGCUCCCCCUUGGCUUUACUGUCCCCAGUGAGCAGGAACACCAGCAGCGAGAAAGCAGCUCACAGGGGAGCAGAAGAAGCUCACCAUGAUGUGCCAGGCCUCGAGCUGGGAGAAGAAAAGCCUGCAGGACAGAGAAGUUCUCCAAGCAGUAGGACUUCCCCAGGCACUGUCCUCCAAGAAGUCAGCCUCGCAGAAAUGGCAUCCCAGAGGAUUGCCAACCAGCUGCAUGGAACCAUUGCCCUGGUGAGACCUGGCUCCAGACCCUGCCUCCUGGAAAAAAGUCCUUCAGGGUCAGCAGUGUCCUCACCUUCAUCGGCAAGGAAGACUCCUCUCCCGCCGGAGCGAGCAGAGAGCCCCAGCCUUGAGAGUUAUUUACCAGCAAGCAAACCAGACUCCCUCAAGGUUGCUCCAUCCUAUGAAAACCUAAAGCUGACCACCCAGAGAGAGCAGCUAUGCCUUCUCCAUAAGCACCUUUCCCUGCACCAGCUGGGGUUGGUGAGUAACUGUGCCUCAACCGACCGGGACAUCAGCAGCUUCUCCAGCCAUUUACUCAAGGCCAAAGACACCGAUGGCAGGAUGAGGUCACGUGAUGGUUGGGAAGACCACGCAGCUUUGCUGAAGCUCCCUGCUGCCAUGGUGUACGUGAGGGAUCAGCAGCUGGAGGAGAAGCUGCAUCUCCUCAAGCACAGGGAGCGGCUGCAGCAUUUCCUCAUGCAGCAGUGCCAGCCGGGCCAGCGGGCAGAUGGAGACUCAAAGGCUGUGCCCGAGGAGAGGCCCCUCUCCCCGUGGCCGAGCAUCACACCAGGAUGCAAGGAGGAGAGGUCCUUCCUGGAGGAUGUUGCAGAUGAGAAGGAAGAGAAGGAGCUUUGUCUGAGCCGGGAUGGCCCUGAGCUCCGAGGAAAGGUGGAGGCAGUGAAGGACGAUGGUGCAGACACACCUCUGGAUCUGUCAGACUCCAGCCGUGGCAGGGAAACGGGCUGGCACAGCCGAAAAGAGCCACGGGGGGCCAGCAGCCCCCGGCUGAGCCCUGGGGACAGCUCUGCUGUGCCAGCAGCCCAUGGUCCCUGCAGGAGAUACGGGACGGAGCAGGAUGACUUGCGCUUCUCCUACCAUUGGCCCAAUGCCUCCCGGGCACUGUCUGGUGCUGUCAAGGAGGAAGAGGAGGAUGAAGCUGUGCUCCCUCUCUCACGGCCACAUCCAACAAACAAGUCCACACCGAGGGACCCAGAGACCCUUCCAGAGACCGGGGUGAGACUGGCUGUCAGUGCACAGAAGGAAGAACCAGGUAAAAAGCCCCAGGCAGAUGUGACGAUUAAGAAGGCAAGAGAAAAAGAUGACGAUGACUCUGAGUCUGGGAAGCAGGAAUCUGAUGAGCCAGACACGACGGACAGCGAGGUGGCUACUCCGUAUGAAGAUGAUAUCCUACAAGAAGCCCAGGCUGAUGAGAAGUAUUUUUGCACCAAAGACAAAGCUCACGCUCUGCAGAAGAAGAGAAAAAGAGGACAGGAUCCCUGGACAACAGGAGUUAAGAAGUCAAUGAGAGGAAGAAAGAAAGUCAAAGUGGAGCAGUGCUCAGCAGGGAUCACGAAGGAACCAGAGAACUGCUCCGCUUCCCACAACGAUACCUCCAAGGAGAGCUAA